AAUGGGAGGGACUUGAACUCUUGGAGUGUGUCAUUGUGUCAAGACAGCAAUAAUUAUGUUGGUGCAUCAUGCAGAGAUGUUACCACGCUUACGCUGGGGCAUCGCACGGUGAUGUCAUCCCCCGUUCUGUCUUGAUGUCACUUUGAAACAUCAUCCCUGUUGUGUCACACCAGUUACAUGGGGCAUCAGGAUAUCACACUGCAAGAUCCUUAUUGUGACGUUGACUUGGGAGAAUAGCAUUGAGAAGCCAGCGAGAGGCCCACCUGUUGCAUUGCAAGCUUUUCCUGAGCACCACUCAUGGAGGCAUCUUCUCCACCACAACGAGAUGUCAUUCACAUGUCACACUACAACGGUUGCACCAACAUGUCACAUCAGGGAGUUUUUCCUAUUGGUGUGAGACUGUCCCCAUUACAUCUUGUCAAUCACAAUGGCCCUUGGAUGCAGCAUCCCUGUUGCAUUACCGUGUUUGUUCUGAAACAUCAUUUUGAGACUUCACCAUGGCAUCCUCAAGUUCACCCCCAGCAUGUGGCAUGGAGACGAUGUCCCGGAGCACUGUGAUGGUGCCCCUAUGAUGAGAUGUGCAUCCCAAGGGGAAUUUGGGGCCAGUUAACAUCCCACAAACUAGAUUUGCUAUAGAUGGGAUCACCGCAAUGAAAUUGUGACCGAUCCCAGCGGGAAAUGGACCGGAUGGCCUAAUAUGUCUUUUCCAUCAUUAAUUUUAUGGACUUGCAGAGAAAAACUCACUAUGUGGAGGUUACAAAAUGAGUGAGAUUCAGACAUGCACCUUUGCUCAAUGGAAAAUAGCCAACAGCACUCUUUCCCCAAAACAUCAAGGAAUGUGCACAGGACAGGAGCAACAAGGAGCAGUUCUGUAACGGGCCAGCGCUGAGAGGUACACUUCACCUAGCCAUGGAAUGGCCUAAACUGGCCUGAAAAAUCAACACUGUUAUUAAAGCAAUGAAAUCUGAAGGGAAACUCUCCUCUUUCCAUUUGUCUCGCUUUCUUGUGAGAAUAGUUCUAGCCUGAGGUGUUUUCUGUGCUAGUGCUCUGGACAGACACACAAUCACCGUUGCACUUGAACAACUUUGACAGGGCAUGAAAUCCACUACUGCAUGGAAAAAUCCCGGCAUUUCUUAAAAAUCAUUGUUGCUGUAUCUUUUGUGGAGUUCCUGGAAUCUUGACUCUGGAAUCAGGGAAGGGAUGCUCGAGUCUUUUAAGACUGAUAAGCCAGCAGAUGUGUUCAUAACUGCCAUGUGAGGAGGGUCAGUUUCAGGCAAAAGAAGCAGCGAUUUGUGUAGAGAGAAGCUGCCAAGAGUCCUAAUCCAGGUGGCCAUCCAGUUUUGCAGGCAGCAGAGCCAACUUCAGCAUCAGCUCGGGCGCUAUCGGAAUCAUCUGAGGUGACCACCUUGGAUUCUGGAAGGCCUCGGUCGGCAGGCAGAGUCCGAGGGUGGUUCCAUACCCAGCCCACAACCUAUGUCCUGGAGAGCCUGGUCUUCAGACUGCAGCAGUUGUGUCAAUGGGCUCAUCUGACCACCGAUUCACCCUAGCUGAGAUCCUGUCACAGAACUAUGGUGUACGAGAAGAGAGGGAGGAGGAAGAAAAUACGCAAGAGAAAGAAAAGUCUUUAGAAGAGCUGGAAAAGAGUUUCAGUGCAUCUCAGCUGGUGUUGUACUCGGUGGUUGUUCCAUUCCUGAUGAAGCUUUGUCCUCCUCUCGCUCAGAGCAGUGAAAUGCCAUUCGAGGAGCUGCUUGCACUUUACGGCUAUGAGGCAUCUGAUCCGAUCUCAGAGCAGGACAGCGAGAGCAAUGACAUCCCUCGCAACCUGCCGGACAUGACCCUGGAUAAGGAACAAAUAGCGAAGGAUUUGCUUUCAGGGGAAGAAGAGGAGGAGACGCAGUCUUCGGCCGACGACCUGACUCCAUCCGUCACGUCCCACGAUGCGUCGGACCUUUUCCCAAACCAGCCUGGCUCAAACUUCCUGGCUGAUGAAGACAAAGAGCCCUGCUCUUCUCCAUGUGCCUCCUCCUCGGCUGAGGAUUCCGAAGAGGACUCCAUCCCGUCCAACGAGUGCAAGAAGGAGAUCAUGGUUGGACCUCAGUACCAGGCAGCUGUUCCUAUCCUCCACUUAAACAGGCACUGUGAAAAAGCCUACGAGAAUGAAGAUCAGCUGCUGUGGGACCCAAACAUCCUCCCUGAGCGGGAGGUGGAAGAGUUCUUGUACCGAGCAGUUAAGCGGCGGUGGGACGAGGUCUCCAGUGCCAGUCUGUCAGAUGGAGAGAUGGUGAAGGACAAUGAGCAGGCUCUGUAUGAACUGGUUAAAUGUAACUUCAAUGCAGAAGAGGCACUGCGGAGAUUGCGAUUCAACGUGAAGGUCAUCAGAGAUGAGCUUUGUGCCUGGAGCGAGGAAGAAUGCAGAAACUUUGAACACGGGUUUAGAGUCCACGGGAAAAACUUCCAUCUCAUACAAGCUAACAAGGUCCGCACCCGGUCAGUGGGAGAGUGCGUGGAGUACUAUUACAUGUGGAAGAAGUCGGAGCGCUAUGACUACUUCACCCAGCAGACUCGCUUCGGAAGGAAGAAGUAUGUCCUCCACCCUGGAGCCACGGAUUACGUGGAUAACGACUUGGAUGGGGGUGAGGCGGAAAAUGCCACCCGCUCUCGGAACUCCCCACCGAUUCCCUCUGCCACCAGCUGCCUGGACUCUCGCUUCAAUCAAGAUCACCUGGCAAUUGAGAGUGCAGAGCCUCUGAGCGUGGAGAGCGCAGCCUGCAGCUUGGGCAGCAUGAGCGAGUCGGGCCAGGCUUACGAAUGCAGCACUCCCUCAGAGACAAACUGUUCCUUUGACCCUGCAGAGGACACGUCCUCGGGCGGCAUCUCAGCCACUUGCACACGGCAUCCAGGUAACCCCUCGGAAAUGGGGCUUUAUCAGCUGCCACCGGCAGGACCGGGCCUGGCAGAGAAGCAGGAGACAUUGCAGAGCUCCGGCGAGACGAUAACUAUGGACUUCACUCUCCCCGGAGACAUUAACGAGGGGUUGCCUUUAAUUUCUGGCCGUGUGGAUUUGGACAGGGACCCAGAGGCACUGGUGUCCCCUGCUCAAGUGUCCUUAUCGGUCACAGAUUUUGGCAUCAUCGGCAUUGGAGAUGUAAAUAGUUUCCUGGCUGCUCACCAGGCCUGCCCGGGGCCUUUGUCACAGUGAGAAUUUCCAGUCUUGACCUUGUCACAGACCGAGCUACGACUUUGACCCGACUGAGUGAAUUCCCUGGGCUUCCGUGUUCCACGGGGCCAGCUUGGAGCUGUCGGUCGGAAUCUGUCUUUCCAUCCUCCUUGAUGUUUUGGCGUCUGUCCUUCCAAGGCUACAGUGAAACCAAACACCUUUCUGCUUUAGUGCUGUCUGACACACCUGUGCAAAGCUGAUGGGAGGUUUUAGUCGGGGGAUGAGUCCAUGAGCCCAGCCCCUCCCGGUGUCAACACAAGCAGCACCAUGCAGUUCAGACAGCCUCUGGCCUAAGGACAGUGGAAGUGUCCAGUGACCCCAACAGAGGGGGCUUUCUCUAGGGCAGGCCGGUUGCACAGUGGGAUGUUAUUGAGGAUGAGGAUGUGUCGUGGGCACUUUGGGGGCUGGGAUGGAGGACGUAAUGUAAUGUGCUUAGGAAAGUGACACGAAGAAGCACAGUCAGUCCAGGCUGGAGUGGCCCUCUGGAUGCAGAGAUGGGCGUGUUUGUGCCGAAAGAGGGGGUGGACAGGCGUGGCCAUUCACCCUCGGAUUUUGUGUUGCAAUAGAAGUAAUUCUCUCACCUUUUCUUUUCUAACA